CUACACAAAUACAUUAAUUAAUGUCAAAAAUGAAAUUGUAUUGGAAGUGAAUUUACAUAAUCAGUUUGAAAAAUUAUGAAUUAUAAAUGAUUGAGUGUCAAAAAAAGAAAGAGGAUAAGGGGAAUUCAAAAACCUGCGAUUGUCGACCGAUCUGUAAAUACCGGAGGCGGACAUGGAAGGGCGUGGAGCUAAAAACUUCGGCAGAGGUGUUGGCCGAAAAAGAGCUAAAGGAGGAGAAGCCAGUAAAGCCUAUUAAAAUACAUCCAAUGAAACCAUGCGAAAAAUGGGUAAAAUCACGUGAAAUUAUCCCUGAGGUAAAAGUGAAGAAACCCAGCAUUGUGAAUAUAUGCGAGGCGCCGAUCGCCGACACGGCGCCCACGCCCUAUAUGGAGUACGCUAAACUGGCCAAGAAAAUUGGUGCAUGGGACUCUGUGCGCAAGACGUGCCUGUUCUGUUCGUGCCCGGGUUGCUGCGCGUGCUCGGCGCGGGAGUACGCGCUGGGGGAGGAGGGCGCGGGCCAACGCCGGCGCGCUAUGGCAGACUUCGACAAACGAGUGCGCGACGAUUGCAAAAUCAUGCGUAUCAUGUACAAUGACAUUAAUUUAUAAAAAAUGUAUUUUCCUACAAUAUUUUA